AUGCCCGACAAACGAGGCAACAGCUGGCCUGAAAGUAACAACGGCCUGACAAGCUUCAGCCAAUCUGGGGCGUCCAGCCUGCAGCCGGAACCGGAGCCAAUCCCGUGUAACUGGUCGAAAGCUUCACACGGCCAGACUCAGAACCAUCCCGGGUCCGCUUCGUUCCCGUCGGCCAGUGACCAGCAUUCAGCUGCUGCAUACUUUGCGCGACCGAUCGAGCACCACCUAAUCUCUUCGACCGUCACUCAGAACCUGAACAGCACAGUGGACCUCCGCCACCAACGAGUGAUUCACUUCACGGAGAGGUGUCGCAGCGGCGUUACUGGCCAAAGUUGCACCGCUGUCCAUUGUAGCCGGGGACAGUCUAUAGAAGACCAUCGGAAAAUUACGCUUGUCGCUCCCCCAUCUCUGUCAUCCGUUCGGUCGGCAGACGUGUCGUCCCUGGACGACAUUCUGCACUCUCUGCAGCAGGAUUGCAUGAACGACGUGUCUCCAUCGAUGGACAAGCGAAGAAGCACAGAGCCGUGGCGGUCGAAUUUUUUGUCGAAACGCGACCUUUUUUCAAUAUCUCAGCACCAGCAGCAACAAGAGCAAUUAGCCUUUGCGUGUCUGGCAGCUAAGCCGGUUUCCAAAGCUCAACUUCACAAAGGUAAACCUUUGCAUUGCUUAGUAGCCAAAGUCUGUUUCUGA